AUGAUCUUCCAGCUGAACCAAGUUUGGGGAAAUCUAAUCUCGUCGUUGGUUCUGACGUCUGGUGAUAACCAUGCCGCUGUAACUGCUGUAAACGCCAGCAUGAUCCCUGAGAUUUGCGGAGCCAACUUCCUGCCAAGUGCUGAUGCAGCAGAGGCUCUACAGCGGCAGCCCUACGAGAAGAUUCAGAUGCUAGUGGGCAUCUAUCUGGCUUGCAUGGCGGCUGCAGCACUUAUUGUUGCUAUUGGGGUCGACUCUAUGAAGAGGUAUGAUACUGGAAGAGCCGUGUCUGGAAUGGGAGGCAUUGAAAUGCUGAUGGCGACAUUGAAACUUCUGGUUGAACCCAACCAACUGAUGAUGAUCACCAUCAUGGUUUUCACCGGUCUGCAGCAGGCGUUCUUCGGCGCUGACUUUACGGCCUCGUUCGUGUCAUGUGCUAUUGGUACUGGUACAGUUGGGUACGUGAUGUUAACCUUCGGCAUUGCUGAUGCUCUGGGCUGCGUGGUCACUGGUUAUAUUGCUAAGGUUACUGGACGAAUUCCUCUAAUCUGUGGUGCUACGGUCAUUCAUCUGUGUCUGCUGGCAACACUGCUGCUAUGGCGACCUCAAGCCCACCAGGCCUAUGUGAUGUUCAUCAUUGCUAUCCUCUGGGGUUUGUGUGAUUCGGUGUGGCUGGUUCAGAUCAACGCGUUCUUCGGAAUAUUGUUCCCCGGACGUGAGGAGGCUGCCUUCUCCAAUUUCCGUCUAUGGGAGUCCGUUGGAUACAUCAUCGCCUACAUAAUCUCACCGCAUCUCCGCACUUCUUCCAAGACGUACGUCCUGGCAGCCACCAUGAUUGUAGGAGUGCUUUUCUACUUCAUAGUCGAGUUUAGAGAUAAGAAAGUCAAAUUGUCUGAUAAUGCAAAAGCUUCGAGUAAGGGAGUUGAUAACAAAGCUUUUAAUGUUGAAUAG